AUGAGUAGCUUGACCAAGGCCGGGCUCAAAUACAUUUCUGAAAGCUUUGCGAAUUUGACUGACUUGGGAUUGUAUUAUAAUAGCAUUGGAGAUGACGAUAUUCGGUUCAUUGUGGACAGUAAAAUAUUGAAAAAUUUGAAAAUUCUUGAAUUGGCUAAUUGCGAGUUACACCAAGAAGGAGCUCGAUUACUUUCCCUUAGUGAGAAUAUGAAAAAUUUAACAAAACUCAAUGUUAUGGAUAACCUUUUUGGAGACAAUGGAUUAAAAUAUAUUGCCGACAGCCUAUAUUUGAUGAAUUUAACCCAUCUCAAUGCCAUGAGAAACGAUAUUGGGGAUAAGGGCAUCAUUGCACUGUCACAAAGCAAAAACUUAUCAAGAUUAAGGUUUUUAUCAUUAAUGGGAAAUUAUCGUAUCGGAAAUGAAGGUGUAAAAUCUCUCGUUUAUGCUUGCGGAGUGAAUUUUCAGCGCCUCCAAAUUCUUGAACUCGGACAAAAUAGCAUUACUGAUGAAGGAGCCAAAUAUUUUCUUCACAACGACAACAUUUUCAACAAUUUAUUGGAAUUGGAUUUAAGCCACACUCGUAUUCAUGAAAUGCAACAAAAAAUUCCUGAAAAGCUUCCAAAUUUGAAGAUUUUUAGCUAUGGAAUGAAUGAAGUGAUUAAACGUUAG